AUAAAAAUACUAUUUGAUAAAUAAAUCAUUAAUUAACUAACUGUACAACAAAAUAAUUUUUGUUAAAUAAUUGAUUGCUGAAGAUAAAAUUCUUUUGAUUUCAUGAGAAUUGAACGGCGAGGUUCAGUAAAAUCAGUAAAAAAAGACAGAAGAUUAAAAAAUAAAAAUGGCGUUGUUUAUCAGGUUACCACGAGUUUCUAAUGUUAUUAACAAUUGUUUAAACAAACAAUUGCCAAUUAACAAUACAUGCAUUGUACGACAUGUUGGUGGAUACCGGGGGUUGUUUAAUAAUCUUCCUAAAAAACCUGUACGAAAAUUAUCACUACCAUGGAUAUAUAAAGACAGAAGUCAACCGAUGGAGAUACCAGAGCCGACGCAACAAGAAGAACAAAUGGAAAAAAGUGUAAUAGAAGAAAUAAAUAAUCAAGUAUUAUCUAAAAAUACCUCAAGACUGUUUGCUAUCAUAGUACUGGCUGGCAAACAAUUCAAAGUAACAGAAAACGACCUGAUAGUCGUACAAGGAUACUGGCCACCUAAUCCAGGUGACAAAUUGAGGUUGGAAAAAGUAUUACUAGUCGGUGGUACGGAUUUCACUUUGGUAGGCCGACCCCUACUUAACAGAGAGCUGGUGGUUGUAGAUGCCACCGUAGUUGAUAAAACAUUUUCUCAUACCAAGUACGAGUUUCGUUACUUACCACGUAAACAGUUCAAGCGAUUGCACAUGAUGAGAUCUCAGCUGACAACUUUGAGAAUAAACUCGAUCGACAUCAAAGGAGCCGUCGAUGAGAAGAAGGAAGUUGAAGGAUUGGAUCGUGUUUAUUAAGUUAAAUAAAUCCAUCGUUUUUGAAACCAUCAAAAAAAUCUGAGGGAUUUUCAAACUUGCUGCUGGGUAAAUUGAACUUG